AUGAAGUUCUCCGUUGCCGUGGCUAUCGCCUCUACUCUCGCCUUCGCUAACGCCGCCGCCGUUAGAACCGUCACCCAGAUCCACUGGGUCACCCAAGGGGCCCAACAACCCCAGCAGACCGACGGUGCCAGAGUCACCGUCACCGUCUACGCUAACGGUAACGCGGCCACCACGCAACAACCCGAACAACAAGACAACAACAACGCGGCCACCACUUUGGUUACUAAGCAAGCCGACCAGGAAGCGCAACCCACCGAGGGCGUGCAAAAGCAAGCCGCCCCGCAGACCACCACCUCGUCGUCGUCUGCCGCCCCUCAACCUUCGUCGACUGGCUCCUCGGACUCGAAGGGCCCCAACGACUUUGCCCAAUCGAUGUUGGACAUCCACAACUCGCUCAGAUCGAAGCACUCGGCCCCGGCUUUGCAAUGGGACGACACCAUCGCCCAGUACGCGCAAAACUACGCCAACGGCUACGACUGCUCGAUGAACUUGAAGCACUCCGGCGGCAAGUACGGUGAAAACCUCGCUGUCGGCUACAAGUCGGGCCCCGACGCCGUGCAAGCCUGGUACGACGAAGUCAAGGACUACACCUACGGUUCCAACACCUUUGACCACUUCACCCAAGUGGUGUGGAAGGGGGCCUCGAAGCUUGGCUGUGCCGUCAAGAACUGCCAAGGCCAAGGCAACAGCUACUACGUGAUCUGCAACUACGACACUGGUAACGUCGUCGGCCAGCAGCUCGCCAACGUUCUCCCCAACUAA